UCACCCUCGGCGCCAUUGCUUUCUGUCUUCUUCGUCCCUUCCAAUCCAAUCCAAACCAAUCAUCUCAACUUUCCUUAACCCUAACCUCUUUCUCACUGGUUUCGAGCUCAGAUCAAUCCACCCCACUCUCUCCCUCCAUUUUCCCUCACUUUCCCGAGAAAAAGAAUCAUUACCCGGAAAAGGAAAAGGUCCGUGUCUGUAGAAUGUCGUCCAACCCAUUUGUUCUCUCCUUCGCUCUUCUGCUCUCUCUCCCUCUACUCUUCGUCUUCGCGCCGAAAAUUCUUCCCCCGAAGAGCGUGCAGAUCUCGCUCCCCGACGACCCCGACGACCUCGACCUCUUCCGCCGCGCCGCGCUAGCCUCCGCCGUCCACCACCGCCGCGGAGCGAUUGUACGGCUCGGCACUACGAACCCUAGCCCCAAGAUCGCCUUCCUGUUCCUCACUAAUUCCGACCUCCACUUCGCCCCGCUCUGGGAGCGCUUCUUCGCCGGCCACCGGCGACUCUACAACAUCUACAUCCACGCCGAUCCGUCCGCAAGAAUAACGCAGCCGGGAGGGGCGUUCGACGGCCGGUUUAUCCCAGCCAAGCCGACCGAGCGUGCCUCGCUGACGCUGAUCUCCGCCACUCGUCGACUUCUCGCCACCGCCAUUCUCGAUGAUCCAUUAAACUCUUACUUCGCUCUGAUCUCUCAACACUGCAUUCCUCUCCACUCCUUCCUGUUCACCUACCGAACCUUGUUUGCGCCUCCGCCGAUUCCUACCGAGUCGACUCAGUUGCGGUACCCAACCAGUUUCAUCGAAAUACUCUCCGGCGAGCCGCAGCUCCCGGACCGGUACACCGCCCGGGGCGAGAAUGUAAUGCUACCCGAGGUCCAAUUCGAUCAGUUUCGGGUCGGGUCCCAGUUCUUCGUGCUGACCCGCGAACACGCUCGGUUGAUAAUCAGAGAGAGAAGGCUAUGGAGAAAGUUUCGGCUGCCCUGUCUCAACACCGAUUCUUGCUACCCGGAAGAGCACUAUUUUCCGACCCUGUUGUCCAUGGAGGAUCCGAACGGGUGCAGCCACUAUACGCUCACCCGGGUAAAUUGGACAGGGAGCACGGACGGGCACCCGCACACGUAUGGGGCAUCCGAUAUUUCUCCGAACCUAAUUCGCGAGCUCCGGCAGUCGAAUUCAACGUAUUCAUACCUGUUUGCCCGGAAGUUCGCCCCGGACUGCCUGAAACCUUUAAUGGAUAUAGCUGGCAAGGUCAUCUUCCGGGACUGAAUCGGAUCGGGUCGGAGGACGGGACGGGACGAGAUGGGAUGGAAUCAUUUGGGCGGUGGUUGGUUGUGUGCGCUUUUCGGGGGGAUCGAGAAAGCGAAGUCUUGCGGAAUAAGGACCGGGGGGGCCCACGCCCAGCAUGUAAGUAAAGCAAGCAAGCACGAGUGAUCCUCUUUGACCUUUCUUGCGUUGUGUGUACAGUAUAUAUAGCGUAGGAGAUCAACGUGUGUGAUUUAGCCUGACGCCUCCGCCAACGUGUGUUGGACGGUGGGGAUUGCGAGCUCAGAGCGGAGUUGUUUCUAAAAGAAAAAAAAAGGAAUUAGAAAGAC